AUGACUGUCAAGGCGCUGGUCAAUUUGUACGAAACGCGGUCCACUCGUGCAUCCCCCAGAGCACCGUCAGCUUCCUCAAGCCUGACGAGGGAAGACGCCGAGCCGCAUCCCGAGGAGGACUGUUCUCGUCCGCUCCUGCGCGCCACUCCUGGUUCUCCAGAUGACUUGUCGCGCGAUCGCCGUGGGCUUACCCCUCAUCCGUUGCUACGACGCCGAGAGCCGAGCCACAAUGAGGAGGCUGAUGAUGAGUUCGUCUCUCCCAUAUCUACGCACCUCACAGAGGAUCGCGUGAAACAUCAUCAUGAAGGUCUCCCGAACACUUACCAGGCGUCUUCGGACAUUGCAGACGAGCUACCAGCAGCCACUGGCCGUUCAUAUUUCAGAGUCCUGUAUAAGACGGACUCGUCUUCGCCAUACGAACCGACGUCGCAUUCUGACGUACCACCUGUUGAGAUGCAUGAGCUUCCAUGUCGAGAUGAUGAAGCCACUAGCACCUUUGUAUCAUCAUCUGGGACCACUAGGUCUUUGAGGGCUGGGCGCCAGGCCUUAAACUUCCCAUUGGACACUGGCACUCCAACAUAUUCCUCACAUUCCUCGACAACUCUCGUUCCUCUUUUGUUCAAAUCUGGAAGUAUUCCUGUACCACUAUCUACCAUCUUCGAACGGGAGGCGGCACCUCUAUCUCUCCCUCAAUUAGACAAGUAUAUUGAAUCUCUGCCUGCUCAUUCUUUUCCCUCUAUGAACACUGUGACUGAAGGCGAGAUGAAAACCCCAGUUGUGCAAAUGUUUCCCCCAAUGGACCACUUGGCAACAGCGGGGAAAUCGCUUGCUGAUUUGGAACACAACUCAACUGUGGCUCCAGGCUGGAGGAAUAGGACAUCUAUCUUCUCCGGACUUACGAGUGUCGCUCUUGCCAUUACAGGGUCAAGCGCGCUAGCUUCAUUUUACAGCGUACAAGGUCUCUUUGAUACCCUUCAGAUAUUCGCUCUCAUCUUGAACACUCUCACAUCACAUAGCGGAACAUCGGAGGAGCGAUGGCGAAAACUUUUCCUAAUCACUAUACCCAAUGCCCUAGCACUGAAUUUCGCCUCCACGGUGACGGAAUCACUCAUAUUGCUUGUAAUCCUAAUGGCAGUUUCCGGCUUACUUUUGUGGUGUUUCUAUCGCAUAUCUACUCGAUGCUACACAGUUCGUAUUCCCGAAGGGUUGCAGAAGGCUGAUUACCCUACAAAAUCUUGGUUACUCGUUCUUGUUACAUUCAUUUUGACUAUCUUGUAUCUUCCGCUCAGUACAAUGGCGGUGCAUGUUCUUGUCUGGUCUUCGGAUCUCUGGGUGGUUCCAAACCCGUACAUCAAUGCUACCUCUAACCCCCCUCAAGUGCCUCCUUUAGGCCCCGCAAACCAAUAUCGUGCUCCUCUCGACUUCUGCUGGACAACGACCAUGGAAAUGAACUCGGUUAAUUACGCACCCAUAGUAGUCAUUCUUGCCAUAAUAUCUUUUGCGGGGCUCACUGUUUGGUUUCCUGUUCAUUUGUAUCGGUCAAUUCAGAGGGUUGUCCCGAUGGUUGACCCCUACACUGAAUUGGGUGUUCCUCGCAGCAAGAGCGACAUGGAUCGCGAAUAUCAACGGCUCUUGAACCGCGAUCGCAACCCAUUAUCGUUUCUAUAUAAUGGAUUUCGCCGAGGUUGGGGAAGUUAUGAAUCCAUGUUUCUCUUCGCGAAAUUAACGACUUUACUCGUCACUGCCAUUGUCGACCCCUACAACUGCCUGUUCCGUUCGCUCUCGCAGUCGGCUGUAGCCAUUUCUCGGCAAGCUGUGCUGUUGGUAGCAAUGCUGAUCUUUUUUAUUCUACAAUGCAUCUACGCCCCUUUCCUAGAUCCAGUGAGCAAUGCCUCUGAAUGGACAUCGCGGAUCAAUUAUGUUCUGACGGCUGCUGUGGCUCUCGGAGUGGCUCUCAAUAUACCGGGCCAGAAUAUUCUCAACGGUGUAAUCUUAUACAUAAUCUAUAUUGCUACCUAUGGCUUGUGCAUAUACUUCGCGAUUAUAAACUUGGAUUUCAUGCGCCGUUUGGUCAAGCGUAUUGCUCGUCGAAUUGAUUUCAGUAUUGAUAUAUUUUCACCUCGCAUUGAUUUAUCUGCGACUUGUCCGCAUACCAAGCGACGGAUCUGGCAGGAGUCAAUCACUACUUUGUUCUUGACAAACAUUGAUUGCAAGAUACCCAAGAGCCAGGCCAUGGAUUUCAAGCAAUCGCGGGAUAAUCAGUACCCACCCUACCUUCUGAACUUUGCUGGUUCGCCUGGAGAACGAUUAGUUGAGAAUUUGAAGAUCUUCAUGGAUGUCGGAUCUAAUGCUUAUUACAAGGCCAUCGGGCUAGCGUCUGGACCUGAUGGUCCUCGUCUCCAUCGUCUCGAGGAAAUCAUACAACACCAUUUAAUCGGCCCUGAUAGUUACUGGGAUUCACCCUCUCCUUCAUCGACGCCGAACUGUACAGACCACUUUGGGACCUCCUGGUGGAUUCCAUUUCCACCUACUCUUAUUAUGCAAUACGAUGAUGGACAUUCUAGCGUGAUACAAGACCUAUCACAACUCGAAUUAUAUGUCGGGCAGAAUACAAACCCACACAUCCAGCGUAAACGAGACAUUCGUCUGGCUUUAAGGGCUCUCGACGGCCAUAUCGUGCAGUGGCCGUAUGACCACAUACAGCCCGUUGGCAGCCGCGACAAAUGGUGUUGCUUUGGACGACGCUAUGGCGCGAACACGGUCGUCCAUUUUAAGACUUGUACAUUUAGCAUCAAACGCCGAGGACAGCUCCUGUGGGAAGGUGCUGACUUUGGAAGUGGUUUCGGCGUGGAACUAUCCUAUACCAAGAACGUGAAAAUCGAUGGGUCCGCGAUUGGUCUGACCGACGACUUUGACCUCACACGGCCACUUGCGCGCUUCCUAGCUAUGAAUGAGCUGCUCAUAACUGAUCAGGUCUCCUAUAUUGAAAGCAUCAUCCGCAGUUAUCGUCAUCACUAUUGGCGGGAAUGCCAGUGGAAGAUGGAUACGCUCACGUAUCAAUUCCUCACCGCUGUAUACAACCACCCUGCACAAGCAGACCAGACAACCAAGACUGUGCUCAGGAUGGAGCAUGAUCCGCGUGUCAAUCAACUUAUGACAAGCAAUGAGACGAUCCUAGCGAUUACAUACGAGAGAUAUUCGGCGGUCUCCGCCUCAGAGCUUGGCGCAUGGUGGUAUAUUUUUUGGGAUGACGUUUGGAGGCGCAAUUAUAAUACUAUCAGCGCUUUACGAACACACGCAACGGAUUUCAACCCCCACUACCCCACCUCAAUUGCAUACCGGCCACUCCCCCGCGCGGCGCUAGAAUCAUUCCUGACACAGCGCGGUCUCUUACACAAGAUACCUAAAUGGACGGAUUGCUUCGACGCAGGCUUCUUGAACAAGAUGUACUUGCGGAUGAAUGACAUUGUCUUCCAUGAUACCCAGGGGGCUAAUAUACUCCGUCUCGGAGACGAUAAGUCAGACUUGGACAUGGAAGAGAUCGAUGCUCAGACUUUGACCCAGCCAUCAACGCUUGGAACUGGGGCUGGUACAGACUACGACGAUGUCUCUAUCAGAGCCCGACCGACAUACCGAUGGGAGGGCAUUUUGGAAGAUCCCCUUCGGAAAGACAAGGCCACGCAUCGUCCCUUUCUCACGAAGGUGGCGGUUUGGUUCGGAAUUACGCCAUAUUGGCAUUCGGGCCCACCAUCAAGAGGGCUUGCCUUGGACGUGCGUUUGGAGAAUGGACGAUAUAUACUGUCCGACAAUGUGGGGGCAGAGGCAACUACAUCCCAGGAACAAGAAUAA